CUUUUGCUCGCUUCCGGCUCGGCGGCAUGUGAACUCGAGGAAGGAAGCGUGCAGCGGACUGGAGGGAGAACAUCGUAGUGAGGAGUCCAUUGAAAUGUCAUACCAUUGAGGCGCAGUGGUUAGAGUGCAAUACUGUAGGCUACUUCUGCUGAUCACCAGCUGCCAGCAGUUUGGCCGAUCGAAUCUCACCAGGCUCAAGGUUGACUCAGCCUUCCAUCCUUCCGAGGUAUUUUCCCCCCACAAUGGUGGCCCUGCGUGCAGAGCUCCCGUGAAGUGCCCAGACCUGCUACUUCACUUGUUGUAAGCGCAUCGCAAAAUGCAACGUCCCCAUUUGUUAUCUUCUGUGAGGAUGUACUGCUCUCCGGCCUCCAAAAAGUCUGAAGCAGCCAACGCAAUGGAAACAGUUAAAGUUUUUCUUUGUCGCCUCUCUGGAGCUGGAAGGGAUUUGGGAAGACACUCCGUUCAGCGAAUCUCUGCAACCACACAAAGCUGGUGGGACAAAUAUGAGGAAUUUGUCGGCAUUAAUGAAGUCCGAGAAGCCCAGGGAAAUGUGACCGAAGCUGAAAAACAGUUUAUGUUUGCUCGAGGAAUUGUACGAGAAACUCGUGACACGUGGGAGACUCAGCAGCUGAAAUUGAAGGAGAUUCGGGAUCGUUUAGACAGAGUUUCACGCGAAGACGCUCAGUAUCUGGAACUGGCAACUUUGGAGCACAAAUUAUUGCAGGAAGAGAAAAGGUACCGGAUCAACUACCUAACAGCCGAAGAAUCUGAGCGGGAAGCUUUCUCUCUCUUCUCUGCCGCCGUGCGGGAAAGCCACGAAAAAGAGAGAACGAGAGCUGAGAAGACAAAGAACUGGUCCAUUAUUGGCUCCGUGUUGGGGGCUGUGAUUGGGGUCUUGGGUUCCACUUACAUCAACCGAGUUAGGUUGCAGGAAUUAAAAGCCUUAGUUUUCGAAGCCCAGAAGGGCCCUGCGAGCCUUCAGGAAGCCAUCCGGGAUCAAGCCACCGCCUAUCACUCCCAAAAACAGGAUCUCGGUGACCUCAUUGCCAGUCUGAAGAACAUCCUGCAACUUGCAACUGUGUCGUCGUCGCAGGAAGGGGAAGGGGCUUCCUUGACCAAAGGCAGACCGAGCACCUCACUAAAUAUAGACCCUGUCUUGGUUUCUGUGAAGGAGCAGCUGGUCUACUCUAAACAAAUCAGCUCAUUCCUCGGAAGUUUGCAGGAGCAGCUUAGUAAUUUGGAAAAAAACCUAGGGCAGAUGGUCCGUGAAGUACAGAACAUUAAAGUUGUACCCCAGUCCGUACCUGAGGAAAGGCAAUUGCUUAACCUUCCCUCAGAGGCGAAGAGCCAGGCUUUAGAGACAGAAGAGGUGGUUCUCGAAUUGUGCAACACUGAAAGGAGAUUGGAAGCCCAAAUGAGGAAGAACUCCAUCUACAGUACAGCCUUCACCUGUACCAUGUUGGCUGUCAGCUUCCCCGUGCUCUAUAUACUGCUGAAGGGAAAUUAGCCUGCAGUUUUAGCCCCCUCUCCUCAAAAGUCAAAAAAAUAAUAAAAGGGCGUUCCUUGAACAUAAA